UAGAUUUUUUGUGGCGCGCGCACUACUUAUUGCCAAGUUAUUGCCAGGUUCACACAAGUCAAUUGAUUGACCAGCAGUACUUAAUUUGGCUUACUUUUUACUUUUAAUAGUUGGUGUUUGAGGAUUUGGUUUUAUCCUUGACCUAGGCAGGCUGGCUAGGCUACUGAAUGGACCGAAUGGAACAGCAAAGGAAGGACAGGACGAGGACAGUUUGUUGAAAGAGGACUCCUUGACUUGAUAAUAACAUAACCUCAAAAUCAUAGCCUAAUUGUACAUUUUUGUUUUUCAUUAGUAAGUUAGCUUUUGGAAAUUUUAAAUUAGGCUAGGCUAUAUGUCUCUAAUACAAGUAGAGACGCAUGGACUAUUAUCUAACUCUCUGAAGAGUCAUUGUAAUGUAAAAUAAUUUAAUUGUGUUUCUGUAGGCUAGUGUAAGAGAAGCCUGAAAUCAGCCUAUCCAGCUGACAAAAGUUUUAAUUUAAUAAAAUGAUCAUAUUUUUUUAUGAUUAAGGUCUGCUCUUAUUAUAAGAAAUAGGCUAAUAAACUGAAAAUAAUAAUGCAUUCUAACAUGUAUCUUCUACCUCCAAAAGAGAGGGAUGUUGAUCAAACAAACUUAAGCCUAUGUGAAGUUAUAUUGAAGAAGCAUUUUUACCUGUAUUGCUUGAUAUCAAUUUCAAUACUUAUUUUUCUGCUCUCACCACACACUGUGAUCUAUCAAGAAAUGGAUGACCAGUUUAUUGAAAACAAUAGAGAUCUAUCAGACUUUAAUGUUGAUUUUCCAAUCCUUAUUCAACUUGAACGCUCCAACGACACACUUCAAACAAUCAAUAUUUCAACUCAAGAGCAACCAAAAAAAUCAAAAAGGCCUACUGAAAACCUAUCUGAAAUUAAACACACCCAUUCUGAUGCUCAAUGUAACGCAUUUAAAGACAGUGAAAAAUUUGACUGUUUUCCACAAGAAAAUGCCAAUGAAGAAUUGUGUAAAAGUAGAGGGUGUUGUUGGAGUCCAGUCAAUUCGACAUCAAAGGAAGAACAAGGAGUGCCAUAUUGCUACUACCCAUCAAAGUUCAGGAGCUACAGAUAUGUAAACAUAUAUCCAACAGACCUUGGAGCUACGGCAUAUUUGGCAAAUGUUGUGAAUUCUACAUACCCAGAUAAUAUCCAAAUGGUUAGGAUAGACUUUAAUUAUCUUGAUGAAAACAUCCUUCAAGUCAAGAUCUACGAUGCAAAUCAAACAAGAUUUGAGAGUCCAUUGCCGAAAUUAUCCUUGACUGGCAGACGACUGGCAAAGAAUACUUCCUAUUAUGUGAACAUUGACAAAGACAAAUUGGGCUUCAAUGUCAUCAGAAAAAGCACCAAUCAGUCUCUAUUCAAUGCGGAGGACAUGGGAGGGUUUAUUUUUGCCAAUCAGCUGCUACAGUUGUCAGCACAGUUGCCAACCCACCGUAUCUACGGGCUUGGACAACAACGCAACGAGUUUCUUCUCGACACUAACUGGCGAGUCAUCACACUCUUCAACAGGGACCAAGAGCCAAUUGAUAAGUCUAACCUCUAUGGAACUCAUCCGUUUUAUUUAGCUGUCGAAGACGGAGGGUUGGCACAUGGUGUUUUUCUGCUCAACACAAAUGCAAUGGACAUUAUCCUCCAGCCUGCUCCCGCUAUCACAUACCGCACUAUUGGAGGUGUCCUGGAUUUCUUCUUCUUCCUCGGCCCCACUCCAGCAGAUGUUAUUAGUCAAUACACCGGUUUGAUUGGACGGCCGUUCAUGCCACCGUAUUGGAGUCUUGGCUUUCAUCUUUGCAGAUUUGGAUACAAGUCCUUGAGUGAAACAAUGGAAGUUUGGAACAGGACCAGAAACGCCGGGAUUCCUUUGGACACCCAAUGGAACGACAUAGACUACAUGGUUCGGCGCAAUGACUUCACAUACGACCCUGUAGCUUAUAAGGGACUGCCGCAGUUUGUUGACUUACUGCAUAAGGAGGGCAUGCACUACAUGAUAAUAACUGACCCUGGAGUCAGUGCGGGUGAACCAUCUGGAACUUAUCCACCUUAUGAUGAAGGGUUGAAAGAUGGAGUCUUCAUAAUGGAUCCCUCGGAAGAUAAACCAUUCAUAACAAAGGUGUGGAACGACAAAGCCACUGUUUUUCCAGACUUCUUCAAUCCAAAGACUGAUGCUUAUUGGACCCGUCAGAUCAAGCAGCUUCAUGACAAGUUUGCUUUUGAUGGUCUUUGGAUUGACAUGAACGAACCCUCAACAGAGUGGAAUGGAGGCAAAGACGGAUGUCUAGCUAACCCUCUAGACAACCCUCCAUACCUGCCCCGAGUGCAGGGUGGACAAUUGUAUUCCAGAACAGUGUGCAUGAGCGCCAGACAUUACAGUGCAAAACACUACGAUGUGCACAACAUUUUUGCAACACAAGAAAGUAUUUUAACUGUCAGGGCUUUAAAAACAGUAAGAAAGAAGAGAGCAUUUGUCAUAUCUCGGGCAUCGUACCCUAGCCAGGGUCAUUUUACAGGAGUAUGGACAGGAGACAUCAGUUCUACUUGGGAUGAUAUGGCUCACUCUAUACCAGACAUCCUGAGCUUCAGUCUGUUUGGAAUUCCCAUGUCCGGGGCUGACAUUUGUGGAUUCAACCAGAACACUACUGUGGCUCUGUGUAAAGCAUGGAGCCAACUUGGGGCCUUCUAUCCGUUCUCCCGCAAUCACAACUCAAUUGAGAACUUCGACCAGGACCCAGUAGCACUAGGCCCUGAAGUGGUAGAUGCCGCAAAGAAAGCCCUUCUCACUAGAUAUUUCUUCCUGCCAUAUCUCUACACAUUGUUUUGGCAUGCUCAUAAUGAGGGUGAAACUGUUGCCCGCCCCAUGCUUGUUGAAUUCCCCAAAGAUGAGAAAACGUACAACCUCCAUAGUCAGUUUCUGUGGGGAUCAGGCCUUUUGAUAGCUCCAAUGCUUUCAGAGGAAAAGGGAUAUGCCACAGCUUAUUUGCCGGCUGGCCGCUGGUACAACUUUUACUCCUUCAAGCAGAUUGUAAGCAAGGGAAGCACAUAUUUGCUAGACACACCUAGCGAUUCCCUCCCACUUCUACUAAGGGGUGGAAGAAUAAUUCCCGGCCAGAAGCCCAACACUACCACCACAACCAGCCGACUCAACCCCAUGGCUCUACUAGUGUCUUUAUGUGAUCAUAACAUGGCUCAUGGUGACCUAUACUGGGAUGAUGGGGAUUCUUAUGAUUUUGAAACCGGAACGUACAACUUCCUCACCUUUAAGGCGACGGGUUUGAAUGUAAGCAGCACAGUCGAGCAUUGGAGCUAUAAGACGAGGCUGGUACUGGGAGAAGUGGACGUGUUGGGUGUUCCAAGCGAUGUGAGAAAAGUUAUAGUCAACAGUAAGCCUGCCAACUUCACUUUCGACAAGGUCAUAAAGUUUCUACUUAUACAAGAUCUGUCCCUAGAUAUGAGUCAGCCGUUCACUAUCUCCUGGUCUUAACCUUCUGUUUAAUAUUAAAUACAGAUAAUGCUUUCUUUGUAUUGUAAAUCAAUGUUUUUAUUUACACUUGAUAAUAGAUCUAAGUAAUUUGUAAAUUGACACUUACCUUUUUGUGGAAUUAAAAAUAGUAUUUGAUUAAUAUUUUGAAAUGCCUCUAAAAUGUUUGACGUGAAAAUUGUAAACUUUUGUAGCAGCUAACUGCUUUGAUAGAUUUAUUUUGGGACUAUAAAGAAAAACAUACGAUAUUAAAGCUAGAAUGCAUUUCUAACAUUUCGGCUUUAUUUUAAAUACAUCUUAAUAAGUAUAAUAACAUGCAUUAAAUAUUCACAAGUUAUCUAUAAUGUUAUAUUUAUCAUGUUUUUUUUGUUUUGUUUUUUUUCCUGGGAUGCUAGGCACAAGCCUGGGAUAUUUAUCAUGUUAAGUCUACUGAAAAUAAACCCAGAAUAUAAAUAGAUAUAAAAUAUAUAUUUUUGUAAUUUGACUAUUAACUAGUAUAGACUAUUUUAUUGCAAUAAAAAUAUUUGUAUUUAUAUUACUUUGUAAAUAUGUAUUGUAUUAUGUAAUCCAGAACAUUGCGCACAAGGAAAAAAAAUUAAUUCACCACUCUUGUUUACAUUACAAUUUAGGACAAUUAGGAAAGUGGUUUUAUGGUUGUACAAACUUUUUUUAUCGAUUGUGUUAAAAAUAUCCAUAGGUAGUAAUUCUUCAAGCUAAUUUGAACUUGCAAUAACUUACAAUCAAACAAACGUUUAACCAUGAAAUUUUGUCCUAAACAUAUUUUAUAGCUAAAUAUUCUAGUCAUUGUUUUGCAUUUAAGGGGAAACUUGGCAUAAAAUGAUUUUAUAAGAAGCAAAGAACUGAAAGCUACGGAAAUCACUGAUACAAUACGCAAUGUCAAUGUCAGUGUUCCAGUCAUACAGGGAUAUGAAGUAUUUGUUUACCAUAUAUUGUAUCAAUAGCUAAAGCUUGUGUUUUGUUCAGAAUUUGUUAAAAUAACAGUUAACACCUUGAAACCGUCUAAACAUACAUGUUUGUCAAGGACUGUUAAAAUGCACUACAAAUAAAUAAUCCUAAAUUAAAACUUAAUCUGGAAUAAGUACUGAAACAUUCUUCAAUGUAUUUUUCCUAAUAAAAAGCUAUUUUUAGAUAUCUAUAUUAAAGGAUUUCACAUUUUCAUAUUCAUUGCACAAACAAUUUUUCAAUUCAUUUUUUAUUUUUAUUAAAAAUGAAACUAGAAGUUAAGAAAUAGUAAAUACUUAUUUUUAUAAUUUGCCAUUUAUGUUUAAAGUAAUGCCAUGUGGCCUAUGUAUAAAUUAUCUUUCAUUAUUGAAAAUAAUA